CACUCAAAUCUACCUUUUCCAGCGAGAGCGGCUCUCGAGCAAAAGCCAUUCUCUGGCUCAUGACCUUCGUUCACCCGAUAUUCUGUGGCAGGGAGAAGAAGAGGAAGGUUCAAAGUAGAACUGGAUCCGCUGACGGUGAUGCAAACCGAAGCCUCCGUUCGUUAUCAUUGCGCCCACAUUCGGGAUCGAGUAGCGCAACAUCUCGUAGCGCGUCUGCAGAAGCUCGGAGACCCAGAGAUAUACCAGGCCACCAUCAGCGAGUAUCUCAGUACGGUGCAGAUGGGGCGACUCGCCGUGGUCACAGGCAAGACGUUCGCAGAUCUGACAAUAGUUUGUCCCUUCAUGUCUACGUAUCUGAAAGAAGAUGUUGUCGCGAGGGAGCAACGUGACCUAGCCAUCUACGCACUAUCGAAGCUUACACUAGGAAAAGACAUCCUACGCCGCAUCAUGCGGACGAAGCUCGCUUUCGUACCAGUUUUUACUCCAAUUGCUGGAGUUGCCUGGAUCGGAAGGGGCAACCGCAUUGCUAGGCGGAAACUAAGCUCCUUCUUCCGAAGCAGAAUAGUUGAAAAACUGCGUCUUCGUCAACCGCCUUCAUGUGAGUUGAAGUGGGAGAUAAAGGACGCCGUCUCAAUGUGGUAGACUAGGAGUACCAGAGGACAAAGUUACGCCUCGAUACUCUUGAUGUGUAGACCGGUGCGCAUAGUAAGCUACCCGCUGCGGUAUUCCCAAGUAACCUCCACGAGCGCGUGAACAAUGAUUCUUCCCCGCAGCCCGGCUCACCUGUAAGGCAUGAAAGUUACGUUAUCAGAUUCCCGGACCACUGAGAGGAUCAAGGACAACACAAACGGCUAUGUCGAGUCUUCCCUCCAUUGGAACAACUUCGGUUCCCGCCCGUCUAUCGCUGCCUCCUUUUUGUUUCAGCUCCACCAGGACAAACGAUUGCCCCUGCUCUCCGCUGCUUGUUCUCAGAAUCGCGGAUAUUUGUUAAUGGCCUGUACUCUUCUGGACCAAAUUUGACGGACGUGGACGCACGUAAGUGCUACCGAAAACCUGGGCAGUCACAGAAAACUAUACUAACAGUCAUGACUGCCUUUUUCAUGCGAAGAAAUCGCCCUUGACACAAAUCCAUUUGCUACUACGCUUUUGAUGGCUUCAUGUUCAUGAAAAAAACGGACUUACCCUCGGAGGUCUUCUUUCGAAUCGGUCGAGUCUGGGUCACAUUUGACGCACUUAGGAGACUAGGAUAUCAUGGACAAUCCAUGAGCCACGACACUUUUGUCGGGUUUGCAUCUUCAGAAUGACCACCAACAUCCUCAUCAUCUGGCGAAGAAAAUGACUUUCAUCAAGAGAUAUCCCCGCGGCAGAGAAGCUCUUCAAGGCAUCUCUGACCCAGGAAACGUCGUCACCUUCCUCGGCAUCAUACAACACAAAAGAACGCUCUUAACUGCUUGGAAUGAAGAUGAACCUUUCCCGGUUACAGGCUGCACGCAAGCGAAGAACCUGCACAGAUGAAACCACUGUCGACGCAGCAGCUUCUUCUGCUCACAGUGUGAAAAGUUUGAACACUACUUGAAGGAUGCAUCGGAGGCACUUCAGCCAGAAGCAAUUGCCACAUGCGCAGAACGUGACCAUGGCGAGGGACACGACGGUUUGAGUGGUGAUAUCUGUUGGAGAAAACUUAUGCUCUGCGAUCGGAUACGAAACCACAGAGACGUGGGUUUACAUUGUUCACGAGAUUUGCGCUGUAGAAUGCACAGUUUGGCAAUGAAUCGGUGCAAGCAGAUAAAGCUCUGCAACAGCGGCCGGGUCAUGAUUUAUCGUUCUUCUGUGAUUCACAAUUCAAUCUCCAGAAGCGUGAUGAUUCCCCUUCUCGGACUGAGAAGGGGAAUCAUCACGCUUCUCCACCUUCCUGUAUUGUUUUGGGACUGGUGUACACCUCUGAUUGGCUGUAACAUCGUGCACUAAUUCUAAAUCGUCCAGUAUCUAUUCGCAGUCGCGAGAGAUAUGUGGCAAAACUGUUGUGGACUCUUGAAUGGACCUGUUUGCAGAGACACGACGUGGGUACCAUUUCCACGCCAAUUAGAUCCGGAAACCGCAACAGAACCAUAAGCGAUGCUUUUAUCUUUCGAAUAGCAGGAACGUUUGAUUCUGGAGUCGCACUGCACUCACGUUUUUGACAAUACUUGCACAUUUUACGAUGACUGAGGCUGUUUGGAGGAAAAAGAACAACAGGAUUUACGCACGGCGUCACAUGUCCAUCACUACUCAAACCUAUCGUGUAGCGACAAUUGUGAAAGGCAGCAACGGAUCUUUACCGCUUCAAAUGGUGUAGUAAUUCCGCUGCAGGUGGUUGCAUGCAGGAUCCUCGCUUUGUAGCUUUACUGUCCCGGUUUCGGGAACUCCGCUUUUAGGUUUCGCCCCGUUGGAGAUGGUCAGGACUGUGUCACAUCAAAGAAACACGUGAGCUGCAGUCUAGGCAUUAAGUGCCGUCUGAAACUUCCAAAAAAAGAAAUUAUUUCUAUUUCAGCUGUUGGAGCCUCGUGGAGGUUACCCCGAUCACAAAGAACUUCGCGCUCCGAUUUCUCGGCGAACAACAAACGGCACCCAGCAUCACACAGAGGGAGGAACUCGACGUAUCACCGUACACCCUUCCAGCCUUCGGGUUUACACGUUUCUGCUUCUGUACACUGAGCUUGACGCCAACAAUCCUCUGGUAGCUGUGUCGACAAGACAGUGAUGUUUCUUGUAAAAAGGGCUAGCUGCCCACAAUAUUUGCUAACUUUGCUCAGAACAUAAACGGCUACCUGAAGUAAACUGUAACUCCUCAGCUCUUCUGUACGGCAAAACGACCGACACGAACAAGAAAAUGGGAGGUUCGGUUUGAAACGCUAACUUGCAAAUCCUGUGUAAUGGACAGUUUCUUUUCGUCUCGCACUCUGCGCAUGCAGUAAGCCCCGCGUCCAGCUCUCGAAAAGUGUGUCGGUCCAGAUCAUUAUCGACGUCAAUUACUGUGCGUUUUUUUCUGGAAGUCGCACCCCUGAACGUCGCAUCGAGGUAUUUCCCUGCU